AAUAUAUAGUAGAUGGAUUGGUGUUUUCAAAUCCCAGGACACAAAACCAUUCAAAUCCAGCAUUGCAUUUUAAAUUAGUCUGUGGAUAAAUGCCUGGCUAUUGUGGAGUUGGGCUAGUGUACAAUUAGCUCAUUGUUUUCGAUGGUUUGUAUUGAGGGCACUGUAGGAUUGCAAGAGCAAAGGCAAACAUGCUCCUGGAUGUCUAAUGAGGGAGUUGCUCAGUACAGUAGACGCAGCUCAGAGGACCUUCGUUCACUAACUGGGAGACUUUGGGAGAGGCUGCAACAAUCCCUGUGUCUUUAAGGAGUGACGGUGGAUAACAACAGGAGCUCAUUUCUGCUUUCAGGAUUGUUGGAGUCUCCUGUGCUAACAGUAUGGAGCCAAACAGUCCAAAGAAGAUUCAGUUCGCAGUGCCUUUAUUUCAAAGUCAUUUAGACCCUGAGGCAGCUGAACAGAUCAGAAGGCGAAGACCUACUCCAGCUUCACUUGUUAUUCUUAAUGAGUCAUCGCCAGAAGUAGAUGAGAAGAGGGAGAACAAUCCACAAGGUGAGAAUGCCGAGAUGUCACCUCAACAAAGAAAGAAGAGUGUAUAUACACCUCCAACUAUGAAAGGGGUGAAACAUCUAAGGACUCAUAAUGAGACACCAUUCCUUGAGGAGGAGGAGGCAACAACUGAAAGAGAAGAGGACUGGUCGCAAAAGACCAACUUGUGAGCAGCUGAAAGGGAGGUUUAAUGUAUCUGAACUGAGAAACUUUUCAAAUGAGAUCAUCCUGCUUCAAAUCUUAUGGGUGUUCAGGCCUUCUGCACAUUACAUGAAAAGUGCUGAAUGCUUACAAAUCUAAUAGUAGGAAUCCAUGUUAGACUUUGGUCCAGGACAUAAUUCUUUCAUGUCUCACUGAAUCUGAGGAAUACGUGUGAUAUGAUGUAUAGAACCAAAGACCAAAUCUCUGUCUCACAAGUAAAUUCAGUUUGUAGUCACUUGCCAAUAGAAAUAAUAUUGAUAUUAUUGGUAUUGUAAAAUGAUUAAUGUUUAAUAUUCUACUAAUUAAUGUGUGAUGUGAAUCUCUAACCUAGUGUAAAUAAUGCUUAAUUGAAAAGUUAUAAAUAAAGACAACAAAAUAAAA